AUGGCUUAUUCAGUGGCCAACCACUUGCCCUCACCUCCCCCAGCUUAUCUCCGGGACUCUCCUCCACCUUCGCACAACUCCACGCCGCGAACAAUUCCAAACCGUCCACAGAACUUGAGCCGCAUUCGACCUGCUGUCUCAAUUACCACUGAUCAUGCUGAAUCUCCAGUGGUCCAAAACUCCCCUCGAUCCCCAGUCAAGAUCGACAGUGGAGUCAAUUUACCCCAGGCUUCUAGCGUGAUCAUCGAGAGUGUCCCUCAUGGCCCACCAACCCCACGACUAGAACUCCCAGAGUUUGCCCGCAUGUCACUACGGGAGCCUUCUCCACCCCAAGAUUGGGAUAUCACAUAUCCCCCUCGAAAGGACUCUCGGGCACCUUACUCACAGUCUCAUGCUUAUGAUCCAGCCAGCAGUGGAUCAUGGUCUGCCGGAGAAACACAUUUGAAAGAGGAUGCCCAAGACUCUCUCAAGAAGAGCGACUCCUCUCGUGGCAGCUGGGAAAGUGUGGCUAUAGUUUCCGAUGCUUACGAGCCUCUCGCUUAUCACCACCAGCAACAACAGGUCACACAGGGGGCGAAGCGUGCCACCGUAGGCAUGAACCUGACAGAGCACCCUUCCGGCUCGACUGGGAACCUAGCCGUCCAACGAUCCAGAAUCGCCCGCCCCUUGUCAACGUAUUCGUCUGGAUCAGACGGUGUGGUUGCUCACCGACGCAAUCUCUCGGCCUCACCGUACAUGCAUGGCCGGUCGUCAUCGAGAAACUCCACCGCGUCACCAGAUAACCGCUCUGGCUCAUUCUUAGAUCUGCUCAAUACCUCCUACCCACAGCCCGGUCCCAGUGUGGCUCAGUUUGAUAACUCGCAUCUUCGAUCCUCGGUCGGAAACAACGCGUCGUUGUUAAGCCACAAGCAAACAUUUGAGAUGUAUCUGGCGAAUGUGAAGAAAACCGAUUCACCGAGUGUGCAGUACGAGUUUGCUGUGUUCAUGAUCAACUCCAUGCACGAAAUGCCAAAUGUGGAUCUCGAGGAUUCAAACUCCAUCACGCGAUCCCGCUUGCUCCAGGAAGCCAAAUCCAUUCUCCAGCGUCUCGCUGACCGCAGCUAUCCCUUUGCACAAUACUAUCUUGCUGACGGGCUUGCGUCUGGAUUAUUCAACAAGGGAAAAGAAGAUUAUGACCGUGCAUUCUCUCUCUUUGUUGCCGCCAGCAAACACGGCCACGUGGAGGCCUGUUACCGUACUGCUCUUUGCUAUGAGUUUGGCUGGGGGACACGGCCAGACGGUGGUCGUGCAGUCCAGUUCUACCGCCAGGCUGCAUCAAAGAACCACCCGGGUGCCAUGUCCCGCAUGGCGAAAGCUUGCUUGGCAGGCGACAUGGGACUAGGCAAGCGCUAUCGAGAGGGAAUCAAGUGGAUGAAGCGGGCGACCGAGACAUCCGACACGCAAUACAACUCGGCCCCAUAUGAACUUGGACUCCUACAUGAAACUGGCUUCGGAGAUGAUAUUUUCCAAGAUGUUUCCUACGCGGCGCAAUUAUUCACCAAGUCCGCAGAACUGGGUCAUGUCGAAGCGUCUUACCGAAUGGGCGAUGCCUAUGAGCACGGGAAACUCAACUGUCCCCGUGAUCCUGCUCUGAGUAUUCACUUCUACACCAUGGCCGCACGGCACGAACACCCACUCGCCAUGAUGGCAUUAUGUGCAUGGUACAUGGUUGGUGCGGAGCCGGUUCUUGAGAAAGACGAGGAUGAGGCCUACGAAUGGGCUAGACGCGCAGCCGAAGCCGGUCUCGUUAAAGCCCAAUACGCAGUCGGAUACUUUACUGAAAUGGGGAUGGGCUGCCGUCGUGACGUUCUCGAGGCAAACGUCUGGUAUGUCAAAGCUGCCGAGCAAGGCGAUGAGCGCGCCAAGCUACGUAUCUCUGCAAUCCGAGCCGCAGCAGAUGGCGCCAGCGCUGCAAUUGGUACUCGGAAUGGAGGUCAUUUCAAGAAAGACAAAGGCAACCAGGCACAGGGUGAGUACAUGUUCAUCUCCUCUUUCAUCACCACACAUGACGCAUAUUAA